AUGCCUCGUUAUACUAGUACUCUCUUCACCAUCUCCUUCCUUCUACUCCUCUCUUCCUCCUUCAUCUCAACCAAAGGGUCUUUCGAAGAAGAAGUCCCCGAAACCAUACACACGUCUUCAAAGUGCUUGGAGCAGUCCACCCGCCUUCACUUCUACUUACAUGACAUCAUAAGUGGUAAAAACCCAACGGCCGUAAGAAUUGCCGGACCCCCAAACAGUACCUUCAUCAACUUUGGGAACACCAUGAUGAUUGAUGAUCCAUUAACAGAAGGCCCCGAGACCACGUCAAAGCUGGUAGGAAAGGCUCAGGGACUCUAUGCACUGGCUGCACGGGAUGACUUUUCGCUGCUAGUGGUCAUGAACUUUGCUUUCUUGGAAGGGAAGUACAAUGGGAGCACCAUCAGCAUUCUGGGGAGGAAUCCCAUUGCUCAUACUGUGAGGGAAAUGCCGAUCGUCGGCGGCAGUGGGGUUUUCCGGCUUGCCAGGGGCUCUGCUUUGGCUCACCCAGUCUGGGUUAGUGGUGGAGAUGCCACUGUUGAGUACAAUGUUUCUGUGCUGCACCCUGCAGAAACUUGUGACUUGAACCAAAUAUGACAUCUUUCUUUUGCAGGACGACUGGAGUAAGCAGAUUGGAUGGAUUGGUGUUAGGGUGAUCUUAACAUUAUCAUAGUUUGAUAUAUGUAUUUGUUUUUUCUGCUUGAUUGCUGUAUUUGAGACCUUCAUAUGAAGGAGGAAGAGUCUAGGAUGAAGUGCAAUAAAAGAAAUGAUUUAUAAGUCAUAA